CCUUGUUCGAUACCUCGUAGCCACUAAGAUCUAAGAUUAGAUCUUCCAACUCCAAUCUUCCCCUUUCACUUGCAUGCAUUUCACACUUUGUGACACGAAACUUUCUUCCAAGAAAUAUGUCAUCACUGCGGGCUGCACUAGCCGAAAAUGGCUUUGUGAUUCAGCGACAGGUGCUCAGCGCGUCAGACCUCGAAGCCCUCCGCGAGGCGGCGACCCGGACAACAGAACGCGCCCGAUCUGGGAACUGGCCCGAUGUGCGCACGGUCGGCAAGCAAUUCCCGCCUUGGCCGAAGCCGACGCCCGGCGAGCCGCCGCAAGACGGCAUUUGGGGGGUCCAGGGGCUGCUAAACCCCGCGCUGGGAUGCGACGCGGACGUCUUUGCUAGGUCGUACUUCAAUGACAAAGUAUUAGAUGUCGCUAAAGCGCUCAUGUCAUGCGAAGAAGAUGGUGGGCAAGAAUGCACAGACGAGGAUCUUGUUCUCGAGCUGUAUAACAUGCUCGUGCGCCCUGAGUCUGAUUUCGAGUUGGAGUGGCAUCGUGACGAUGUCCCGCGGACGGCUACUCCCGAGGAAGAAGCUGCGAAGCUAGGGAUACGUUUGGCCGCGAAAGAGGGCGAGAGGGAGGGCAAGCGGGUGAAGAAGAGGUAUUGGAAUACGCAGUGGAACCUACCGCUUUAUCCUGAUGAUUCGCUGAUUGUCGUACCUGGCUCGCAUGUUCGUGUGCGUACACCUGCUGAGCGAGAGGCGGCGGCCAAGGAACCCAAUAUGCCUGGCCAGUUGGUUGUUCAUCUUGAGCCUGGAGAUGUCGUAUUCUACGACAAUAACAUCUUGCAUCGCGGUGUCUACAAAGCGGACAAGGAGCGGAUGAGUCUACAUGGAUCUGUUGGCCAUGCAGGGGGCGGCUGUUUUCGCGCAACAAACGUGUUGCAGCAUGGCAUUGGAAAAUGGAUUGACCAGUGCGAUUUUAGCAGUUUGGCGAGUGGUCCCGGUGGUGGUGAGAAGGCCAGACAGAGAGCCGAGGACAUGCGCGCACGGCUCGUUAAACUUGGUAGGGAGAGCGGGGAUGUUGGAUACUCGCUCACAGGAUGAGGAAGCAACAAUCAUAGUUGGCAGUAUUUGUUGUAUUCCAAUUUCCGGGCCGAAUUCCACAAGGGUAUUAGUAUCAGCGCAGCACUACACUAUAUGUUUUACAGACUGGAAGACCAUAAAGAUAGCUGGCAGCGGCGCUAUCUUCCAUACAAUAAGGACGCACCAUUGUCUAAUAAUACCUCCCAAGUUUUCCCGCCAUCAUAAGCUUAGGUACACAUGGGUGAUGUAGACCACUGAGACUGUGACAGGUCCAUACGGCUACGGGUGCGUGUCAUGCAGAAGCCCCCCUAAUAAGGCAUGGGGUAACAUAUUCAAAGUGAGGUUGUACAGACUUCGUUGGCUUUUUGAGGCGUAUUCAUGAGCCUUGGAGGUUAGCAACGGCUUGCAAAGUCCGAACCAAUCAUUUAUAUGGUCGCAAUCAGCCUCCAGGACAGAGAAUGAAGUUGGGGUUACCUAAAGAACUUUGAUAGCCCUAGCAGAUUACAUUGCAAACAGCUUCAUCAACAAGCC